AUGACGUAUGCUUAUUUUAGACAUCUUAAUCUUCCUGUUAGAGUUGCUCGUAUAUUCAAUACAUAUGGACCAAGAAUGCAAGUUAAUGAUGGUCGAGUGGUAACUAAUUUCAUUGCACAAGCAUUAAACAAUGAAUCGAUUACGGUAUAUGGGUUAGGAGAACAAACUAGAUCUUUUCAGUAUAUCAGCGAUCUUGUGAAUGGUCUUGUAGCUUUAAUGGAAUCCAAUUAUACAAUGCCUGUUAAUUUGGGAAAUCCUGUCGAGUUUACAGUGAAUGAAUUAGCAAUCAUGGUCAAGAAUUUUACAGACAGCAAAAGUGAUAUAAUUUAUCAACCGUUACCAAUUGAUGAUCCUCAACGAAGACAACCUAAUAUUAGUACAGCUAUAAAACAGUUAAAUUGGAAACCGACAGUAACUUUACAAGAAGGAUUAAGUAAAACUAUAAUUUAUUUCAAAGAUAUUUUAAAACCAUCAUCUGAAUGUGACGUGCAUUAG